AAUACAUAUACACUGGUAUACACUUUUAUAUAACAUUUUUAUUUGGAUUAACUUUAUUCAUGCAAACACCUGCUUAUGUUGACUUUCAAUAUACAGCCAAUACUCAGUUAUCUAUGAUUGGAUUAAUACCAACAUUUCAAGGCAUCGGUCAAUUAAUAGGUUCAUUAGUUAAUAUACUAUUUAAAUGGAUUAACAGACAAUUGUGUUUAUGUCUAUCUGUCUUAUUGAUGACUUUAACAACAAUAUUGUUUCCCUGGGCUAACACAUUGUGUCAAUUGUGGUUAUUAGGAUUUUUAUACGGACUCGGCAGCGGGUGUUGGGUUGUUAGCAAUAAUGUAGUGCUGAUUGAGUUAUGGAAACACAGAAGUCCAACCAUAUUAUUAUUAUGUCAUACACUGUGGGGUUUGGGCUCUAUUUUAGGUCCAUUAGUGGUUUCAUUAUAUAUUAUUGGCAAUGAUGUCUGUCCGGGAGUAACUCAACAAGAAUGUUCAAAACAUAUGAUUGAGUCUAACUCCCGGUGCAAUUAUUUGUGUUUGACUUACGAUAGAAGACCACUACUGAAAAUGCCGUUUCUUUUUGGAGGUUUAGUUUAUCUGUUGGGUCUAAUAUGUCUAUUCAUAAUGUUUUUUGUUAGACGCUAUCAUUAUGUAGAAAAUGAUUUAAUUACUAAAAAAAAUCAGUUGGAAAAUACCAAACACAAGGAAAUGGAUCGCCGACUGAAAUACAUUCCUAAAUGGACUUUACUUAUCUGUGUUUCGAUAAUACUAUUAUUUGGUAUAUCAGCCGAAAAUCUAUACAAUUCAUUUGCCGCAACAUUUUUUCAAUACCAACCCGUGCUUCACAUAUCGGCACCAAAAGCCUCAGUAAUAACUUCCUCAAUGAACGGCGCCUUUACUUUUGGACGAAUUCUUUUAUAUUUCAAUUGUUGGGUCAAAACCAACUGAUCUUACUUUGGAUCAGUUCUAUAAUACUUGGU